AUGGCGUCGAACAGUGAAGUUCGCACAUCUCAGCUGCUGGACAUGGCACUGGAUGAUGUCGACAAGGUGCUGCGCCGGGGCAAGGGCACGCAUAAGGGAGGUCGGACCGCCAGUCGCUACCCUGAGGCGCAUAACGACUACCAGCCAGCUAGAAACAUGCCGCGUAACGUCAGGGGCGGACACCGCGAGCCAAUGCAGUCAUAUGGCUUUUCGAAGAACAGCUGCCAUGAGCAGACGCCUUCGUACGGAGACCAUCGUGGGAACUUUCACGGGCAAAUGCAGCCGUACGGCGACGCAAGGAAUGACCUGCGUGGGCAGUCACAACCGUUUGGCGACACCAGGAACCACUUCCAGGGACAAAUGCAGUCCUAUGGCGACGGAAGGAACGAUUUCCGUGAACACAGGAGCGACAACCGUGAGCACAGGGGCGGUGGCUACUACCCGAGGCAGCAGUACAGUGGCCCGGAUGCACCGCGCCGGGAGAGAUUUUACCCUCAAAACUACGGCGCUCGUCCGCUUCACGUCACUCCGUAUGGGCCUUCGUCGAAUGAACCUCGACCACCCAAGUUUAUUGUCCGCGUGACCAACCUGGAUCACAACGUCUCCCAUGAGCAACUGACGAGGCUAUUCGCUUCCGUGGGAGAAGUGGACAAGGUCUGGAUCGACUAUGACCGCACCGCGAGAUCUAGGGGCACAGGAGGCUGUGUUUUCAAAUCCAUGAGCGACGCCAAGUUUGCCAUUUCAAAGUAUGAUGGCAUAGACCUAUCCGGGCGACCGAUAUCGGUGUAUGGCGAGUACCAGGAUAUUCCCAGGCAACGCCCACGACCACAGAAUGUCAAUCGCAACACCAACAACGUGAAGUCACCGUGGUAA